GUCAAGUGUUUGAUAAUGCCGAGUGUUUUUAUACUAAAUCACUGCGACUAAAUCAUGACUACUUUAGAAGAUCCUCGCAGUUAUGUUGCAUCUAAACCUGUAUCAGGAAUAUCUCACAAAGGUCUUCAUGUAUCAGCGCGGAGUGCUCUGGUAUACACAUGUAGUCUACCAGAUAGACGUGCAGUUGCCAAGCAAAACUAUGCAAGACGAAAUUAUCAAAUGCAGAAAUGUGGGUACAACUCUGUCUCGUAUAAACCUUAUAAAACUCUGGGGAAAGUUUUUGUCAAUGAUAAAAAAAUGAUUUUGGUUGCACUUGGACAGAAAGAUGAUGAAAUUAAUGGCAGUGAGGUACUGUGUUUGAUUUUGUUUUCACAAACUUUUAUCACUUCAUUAAGUCAUUAUCGGCUGCUCAUUUUAAAUUUGAUAUAUUAAACUCAAUUAGUGUUUGUACCGAACCUGCAGUAUCACACACGACUAGCUUACUCCUCGAAAAUUUACUCGUAGUCGUGUAUUGGAAAUUGAUAUGGCUUAGUAUAAUUUGAUACAUUGGAAGUAAUUGGUACAUUACAGUCAGUAUUACAAAAAAGUCUAUAGGCCUGUCAUUAUAGACCAACCUAUAGGUUUUUAUAAGUAAUUGGAACAUUUUCUAUAAGUGACCUAUAUAGGGAUGCCCAUAUAAACAUGUAAAGGAGCUCUAUUGGUGCCUAAAGUCUUCUAUAGGGAAUUCGAACAUUUCCUAUAAUUUGGCCACCUACAGACUUUUUUCCUAAAGGACAUAUAUGGUAAUAUAUAUGGCCCACUCACGGUUAGUGAAUGUCUUUGUGGUUAGAUUGAAAAACUAUCACACUCUGACUGUUUUGGCAACUUUUAUAUGGUAGUACAUAUAUGUAGUACUUAGCUAGGUGCAGGAUUGACAGCGUACAUUAAUUGUCGGGUAGAUGCAGAUUGCAAAAAUGGCAAAUCAUUGGGUCAUUCCAAAAAACAUCCAUACCUUCCCCACAGAGGAAAUUGGAAGUUAACCCCUACCCCCUUCGGAUGUCCUAAUGCACUUACUAUUAUCAGAAACAAAUCUUUCUCCCCUCCCCCUCUGGACAGCAGAAAAUUUGUGGGAGAGUGUGUAUCUUUUCUGGAAUGACUCAUUCUCAGUAAAAACAUGUUUCAUAGGUGAGUAAUUUAUUUAUACAACUUCAAAAUGUACAUUUUGUUCAAACUCUAAAACCUGGCUGGAAAUCAUUUUACAAUGUGUGUUUAAUUCUUUCAUAUAUUAAAAAAUGCCUAAAAAUUCAUGCAUGCAAGUAAAAAUCUAGGUUGCUUUUUUGCUGUAGCUCCCACCUAGGGAGAUGUCAAGGAGGCUAGUUUCACCAAAUUAGAGACCGGUCAUUAAUUACAGGGCAGGGGGCUGGUGGAAAUGAAAAAUUAGAUGCUAAAAUUUUGUUGCCCCCCCCCCUUGAGGAUAACACAAUUAUAUACUUGACUCCACAUGCAAAUAACAAAAGGCACAUUCGUAAUUUAAAUUUCUUAUAAAGUGAAGCCACAUUUAAUCAUACUGUAUGCCCUAUCAUAGUUAUACUCAUUGGGAAAAAACAUCUGUGAGAUAUUGCUUUGGGGGGCCCAUGAGGCGCCAUGAUAGUUGGCGCCGAGUGGAAAAAUUUGAAAAUAUGGAGUCUCUAGAUCGUUGGAAAUGCCAUUUUUAUCUGUAGGUUUUAUGGUACAACAGGGUCAUUCGACUCAUCCGGGGCAGGUACUUAUAUUACACAAAAAUGUUUGCCCCCUCUUUUUCAUGCACAGGUCACUGACUUCCCACACACACACACACACACACACACACACACUUUUCCACCAGAAUAUUAUGUCCAGCUUAUUCAGAGGAGCAUGCAUGCAUGAUCCUGGGUUUUGCCGAUCACUCAAGCUCGACCAACCAUGCGCAGUCUCAUAUACUUUUGAAAUUUAAUUACUAUUUUGAGUUUAACCCAUUGAGUGGCAGCAUGCACUCUCCUCUUGACAAGUAAAAUAGUCUGGCGUUAGACAGGGUAAAAUAAUAAAGUAAGAUGCAUCAGGGCAUGCAUAUUGCCACUUAAAGGGUAUUGUAUGUGAGACUUGGGGGGGGGGAAGACUUGGGGGGGGGGGGAAUUCAACGUUAUUUUAAACUGCUGAUGCUUCUUCAUGUAAUUUUAAAGCAACAUUUCCUUGCAAACGUUUAAAUUAAACAGAAUGUAGAUUUACGUGUGAUCCCAGAAAUACAACCUGAAGGUAAUAAGCAGAAGUCAAAGAUUGAUGAGAAUGAAGAGAAACCAGAAUGGAAAUUAACCAGCGUAAGUGAUUCGAGUUUGCUUCAGUGUGCAUGAAACAAUAUUUUAAUUCAUUUGGUUUUCUAUACUUGGAUAUUCAUCUAUGCUAUCCCAUUUUCUUGUAUCCAGAGACUUACCCAGAGUAUGAUUGUUCAAAGGUUUCUAGCUAGGUGCCUGCACCUACAUGUAACCUGUGAAUGGGCAUUCCCACAGAGUCUCUGGGCACGAAUAGUGCCAGCCAGAUCAAGCUUGAACAUGACGCUAUAUAAAUACCAUUUGAUCCCAUAUGUAAUAAAUGUCGCACCAGAUUCAAAUUCACGCCAAUUAUUCAUUUUAUGAGCUGAGACUAGAUCACUAUUAAGAUCUGGAAAGUUAUUUUGUUAAUCCAUCAUAGGUCAUAAGACAUAACCAUUCUUUGUGAUUCUUUGAGUAUCUUUUUUGCACCUUCAUCUUAUUCAUGUAUUAUUGGAAACGAAACAAAGUAUUUUCAUCACUAUUUGUUCCUGUUGGGUAAGAUGAAAACAAUAACACAGUCAAAAAACAUAACGCUUUCACUACUGUUUUUACAUUCGUUAGACGUUACCGUUCGUUUUCAUUUGCGUUCACUUUCAUUACGUUCACUUUCAUAACGUUCAUUACUUCAUUUUCGUUUGAAUUCUCUAUCAAUAGCGUUUGCUUAUAAUUUCGUUCCCUUUCUUUUGCUUUCAUGAGAUUUUAUCUUCAAGCGUGAGGAUUACGUGAUCCAUGCACGAGGGAUGUCGCGAGACUUUCGGAAAGCGUAAAAAUACUCGAGCCGCAGGCGAGUGUAUUUUUACGCUUUCCGAAAGUCGAACAACAUCCCAAGUGCAUGGAUCACGCUGUCCUGCUUGGAAAACCAUUUCAGUAAUUGUUUUAUAAAAUAACUACAGUGAAACGAUGACAUUUUGAGAAUCCCGCGAAGGUAUUAUAAUUCCUCGUGCAGGAUAGCCUGAUCCUGCACGGCUAUUGACCGAUCAAAUUGCGUGUUUCACUGUAGUUAUUAUAUAACUUCUUUUCCUAAACGUUUUAGAAAAUCUGCCUGCAAGAAAAAAUUAUUUAUUUUUUGAUGUGCCUGCGACCCUCGGUCCCAGCGGUCCCGAUUUUAUCGACCCCUAGGCCCUGUAGCUUUCAGUAAGCUUUCAAUGGUGAUCUUUUCCAUUUUGUUCACAUUCAUUGGCAACCCCUUUCAUAAUUUAAAUUAAAUUUGCUUUCAUCUCCUUUUGCUUACAGUACGUCCGCUUUUAAUUACCGUUCGCUCCAUUAACGUUCGCGUUCACUUUGCAUUAUCUUUAAUUAGCAUACCCUUUUAUUGUGUCCUCUUUGAGUAGCGUUCUCUUUCAUUAUAAUUUUAUUUUGCCCUCGGAGAUAUAAAAGGAGUUAACUAAAGUUUGUCUGAGCUUGUGAUAUCUGUGGCUUGCAAGAACAGGAAUGAAAAGGCGGAGGAAAAUAAAGUAGUGCGAAACUAAUACAAGAAAGAUAAUAGUCAGGGGUCAAUGAUGAUUAAUGGACCACUGUACCCUGGUUGCCAGAGGUUCUUGUAUCUUCUGCCCUAUGAUUCUCACUCUAAUUUAUUUCACGCGAUACGAGUGAGAAUGAUAGGGCCGAAUCGCCGAGGAUGCAAGAACCUCUGGCAACUGGUCAGGGUAGGACUACUGAAGAUUCCUCAACUUAUCUAAAUAACCCUUCUGAUGCUCAUCGUAUUUUUAUCCUUUGUCUUUACCAAAAUAUUUGAUUACAGGAUUCUCAAGUGCAGUUUUUGUCGUUUAAAUCUACUGAGAAACUUGAGAAUAUCCAGUCUCAGCUAACAAAAGGAAGGUAGGAAUUAAAAUGUAAUAAUUAUCAAACGUGUGUAUAUGGAUCGUUGUCUUCGCGAAGUAUAUUAUGCAAUCAUGCAUAGUUAAUAUUUUAAUGCCCUGGUUACCUUGUCCAACCAUUUGAUGUCUAAGAAAUUCUUCUUAAAAUUUUAUAUGUAGAAAAAUGAUCAACGCAGUACGUCUUGGUUUCAAUUUAUUUCGUUUGAUCAAGGAAGAACAACAGCGGAAGGUCAGUAUCAUGUACACAAAUCUUUAGCUUUAUAUGAACUGUAGUCGCUUGAUUUUAAAGGAUUUUUUAGUUGUAGUUAACUUCUACAAGAUGUACAUACUAUUAUCACUUGCACUGCCAAUUUAUGAUGGUGGAUUAAGGUAUGAUUUAUUUUCAAUGUUUCUUAAGUUUACAUUCUUGUAUUUCGUUGUCCAGGCAGAUGAGGCUGAAGUUGCGCGACAACGUAAGCUGGAUGAUGCGAAGAACAGCAUGAAAAUUAUUUCUCCUUCAGAAAGUUCAGACGAAUCUGACGAUGAAGAAAAUUUAAAUGUCAAGUUGUACGUGUCAAUUAUGUCAUCUUGAUCUGAACAGUAAUUUUUAGCCCAGCUGUGAAAACAGGGUCUUUUUUAACUAUAUAACUGGGGGGGCAAAGCCCAGCCCCCAUGGUGGCCCCUCCUUCUACCAUUUUCCCCCCUUCCGGUCAAGGUCCCUUUUCUCUAAAAUAUAAGCAAAACAUUGGAAGAAAAAUGGAAUUUAGAAGGGAGGUUUGAUAUCCUUGUAACUGAACCUUGCUUUGUGAAUCGUCUGUCUUUUAUCUUCAAAUUAUUUGAGUAGUGUUUUUUAGAAAUGCUAAAAAUUGUAUUGUAAAUACCUCAGUCUUAGAUUUCAAUAAUUUCCCAGUGAAUAGCAUAUCCCAUACCCUAUGGAUUUGAGUUGUUUGAAGGCUAGGCUGAACAAGUUAGUGACUGACAUACCAUGCAAAUACUUAACUGAACAUUCAGUCUAUUCUCAGUAUAAUGUGACGCUGUAUAUCCAAAAAUCUGUUUCAGAAAACGCACGAAUUGCAGUCCUAGGGGUGGAAAAAUACGAAACUUUUUUGGGGAAGAAUGCCCCCCAGACCCCCGUCUUAAAAAAGGAGGGAAAAACUGCUUCAACAGCCAUUUUCUAAUUCUGAAACAAGUUGGGUAGAUCUGGCGGAUAUGCUCAGCACACACCAGAAUUUUCUACUACAGCAGGAAUUUUGGCCUAAUUUCACUAUUAAAUAUUUGACAAAUUAAUUUAGGUGCAUGUGUAUAACAAGGGCGUCAAUCUAUCCCAAAAAGUGGGGGGGGGGACGGACUCCAAACUAUGAAGGUCCGGAGGUACUAUGCUACCCGAAAUUUUUUUGUAAAUUUUGGUACACUGAAACGGCAUUCCCAGCGUUUUGGAGGCACUUGUAAAGUUAUAUUACAAUGUGCAUGAUCUUAAAUCCAUGUGAGAAAUGUGAGAAUGUUAACCAUGUGAGAAAUACUCUAGAAACCAACAUGUCCUAGCCUGUGAACAAUUUGUACGUUACUCUCGAUGAACAUGUCCUCACUCUUAUUUUAUAAGGAUAAUCAUCUAUGUAAGGGAAACUCAGUUAAUCAAUAUUUAAUAGCACCUGGAAAUUUACAUAUAACUUCUCUUCAGUGGCGGACACUUUACGAAAUAUUGGGGGGGGGGGCUCGUGCCGAAGGCACGGAAAAUUUUAAAAUUUGGAUCCCGGAAAUGGCAUUUGCAGCAUUCUGAGAACACAUUUUGUAAAAAACUAGGUUUUCAAAACACUGUUUUAAUGGUCGGCAUUCAGUUAUGAAUCACAUGCUAAGCAUAGAAAAACAACAUUUCAGAGAAAAUAUUUACAUGAUUAUUAACAUUUCUGAAUGGAAUUGCAUGUAAAAAUUUAUUCGCUAAGUGAGUGAAAUUUAUUCGCUGCAUGCGCACGCUUUUGUUUUUGUUAACAUAAUUAAAAUUGGAAUGUUAAUUGAAUUAUCCGUUGUUUUUGAGCAUAAUAGUUUAAUACGCAUUCAAAUAUUAUUGUGCAGCAGAAAAUAAAAUAAUAAUAAUUAUAUAAUUUUAUUUUAUUUUUAUUAUUAUAUAAUUUUUUCGCUGGUAAAGACUAGUAUAAGCUUCAAAAACAACAAAAAAUCGACGUCGACAUUUAAAGAAGUGCGGCCUGUUGCAAAAAGUUGACCUCCUAGUAUCCGUCAAAAAGAAUGUAUAAAAUGCGUAUGUUGGGUCAUGUGCAGUACAGAAACGUAUAUUAUUAUAUUGUUUGGUAUAUUGCUUACUGUUUUAGCUUAAGUUUUAUCAAAUAGUUAUUAUUUAAUAUGACAAUUACGUUAUAUGAGUGUGAUUUGUGUUAUUUGGUACAAGAUUUUUACAGUCUUUAAAAAUUAUUUGGGGGGCUCGCCCCCCCCCCCUCGCCCCCUCCCCUAGUGUCCGCCACUGCUUCUCUUCAUUAAAUAUUACAUAAUAUGAAGGUGUAAGCUAACUGUAAUAACCUUGUAGGAUUAGACGAUUAGGAUUAAAACGCAAUUAUUUUUAAGUAUUUACAAUUUUACAUAUGAGAUAUCAGUACUUGCUCCGAGCGGCUACAGAAAGAUCAUACGUUGUACUUCUUAUUAAAUGUCUUCCUUUCGAUCACAAUUUUUGAUGAACAGCAUACCAUGCAUUAGGUUUUUAGAUAACCAAGAAACAAAAUUUCAUUAAACAUGUCAAAAAGUGGGGUGGGGGGGAUAAUUAGAUAUUCGUCCCCCCCCCACUCCAAAAACUGGAGGGGACGCGUCCCCCCCUCAUCCCCCCCCAGGAUUGACGCCCAUGGUGUAUAACAUCUGCCGUACGCGAUUCUUUUCAAACUUUGGACUUCUUUACUAGCUAUUUCGAAAUGUUCUCUUUAGCUAGACCAUUCUGGCUAGAACAGUUGUUUUGAUGUGGUGAAAAUUUAAAAAUCAACCACUACUUCGUCUUAUCGUGAAACUCGUCUAUUAUUAAAAGUGCAAGUUUUGAGAUAUUUACUUUUGUUGUUUUAUUUACUGUAGUGUUGUCAAUGACGAAAGAAGUGAUCUGAAAUCAUCUCAGCAUGAUGAUGGAAUAUCUGCGGAUUAUUUAAGUUUGUUUCACUUAUCUUUUCUCCUACUUUCAGUUUUUUUUCAAACUCAUUCUGUUUAACUAUAUUGUAAUGAAGAAGUUUUAAACUCAUUCUGUUUAACUAUAUUGUAAUGAAGAAGUUUUAAUAAUUUUGCGGAAUACGAUAAUCUUUUGUUUUAAUUAAAGGUGCAGACACAAAUUUUGAAACAUUUACAAACGAAAAUUACUCAAGGAGCACAUUGUAAGUAUAGAAUACAUGCAUUAUUCAUGCCAAGACUUUCUAGUGAUAUUUAUAUUGAAAUAGAUGUUACCGUAAGCAGUAAGCAUAAAUGAAUAUAGUAGUGUUGACUAAACACAGCAUGAGCUCCACCUUUGAAUUUACUAUAUGAGUAAAUUCUUAAACACGUCCGAAUUUAUCAUUGUGAUAAAUUCGCGGCACAUUUUGAAUUUACCCUAAUAAUAAAUUCGCGGCACCUAACACUAACCCCAACCCUAACCACUAACCCUAACCACUAACCCCUAACCCUAACUUUUUAAACUUUUUUGAAAAUCUAACUUUUUAAACUUUUUUUGCUUUUUAAAACUCUUUUAAAACUUUUUUAAAAACUAUUCUUUUGAAAAUCAUCCCGCUCCCGCGCGACCAGCCUCCUUUUUAGUGCCAUUAGAUUUAUAACAAAAAGUCUUGUCUAAUGCUUGUGCUUUUAUGAUUAACUCUAUUGAUAAAUUCACAAUUUGCCGCGAAUUUAUCAUAAUGAUAAAUUCGGACGUGUUUAAGAAUUUACUCAUAUAGUAAAUUCAAAGGUGGAACUCAUGUUGACUAAACACGGUGCUAUUUCUGUAGUUACACCAUUAUUUAUGGUUUGCAAAACAAAAAUAUUUACAACAAAUCUGUCUAAUUAUUUCACUGAACAACAUGAAGAAGUUGAUUUUUCGCGCAUUUUUAGUCGUUUCCUUGCCCGUGAAGUACAAACACAUUACUGAAAUACUUAACUACAUAAUUUAUCCAUAUUUUUACGGUCAGGCAAACUCCUGCAGUUUCUCUGAAAUCAAGAAGUACAGAAAGACUAUAUUCCAAGAAAAAACCACGUAGUUCAUCAAUACGUCCAUAUUCACCAGUUUAUUCUAAUAUCAGCUAUCCAAACUUGGACGCCAGGUAACAUGUUGUGAUAAAAUGUAUAGUUUUUCAUGAUUUUUCAUCAUCCAACAUUAAUAUUCAUCUCAAAAUCUGGUAUCUUUGGCUGGCAGCCAAUAUUUUCACACCCUCAAAUAUAAAAACCUUAUAUCCUCAGACUGAAAUAUACGUCAAAUCAAUAGUUAUGAAAUGAUAUUAUGUUUAGAGAGAGUUUAUACUUCGUCAUUUCUCUGCUCUCAAUACAUGUUACGAUAUUGAUAUUUUGUUAAGAGAUCUCGAAAGUUUAUUUCGUCAUUUUUGCUCUUAAUACACAUUGCGCUUAUGCAAACUUAUGAUACUGAUAUGUGUUUCAGAGAGAGUUUAUUCCGCCAAUUGUGUGCGGUCAACUGGAUCCUUGAUGCGAUGUCACAAGAUGUAUUUCCUCCUGUUGUUGUUCCCAUUACAAAUUGCUGGAAUAUAAAGUAUGUUGUGGUGAAUGUAGCCCGCG